AUGCAGUCCGUCCGUCGGACCGUUCAACUGCGGCCUUUCCUCCAUGCUCCCAAGGUCGCCCUUCGUUCUAACGUUACCCCGAUCCUCUCACAACAACGGAGAAACGCUCGUGGAUAUGCGACUGAGGUGCAAGCGGCCCCCGAGAUUGAUUUUGCAAAGUUCUAUACCCAACCCGCCCGGAUUGUUCCUGCAUCACCCGCCUACUUCUCCGGCAGCCCCAAAUUCAUCGACCACCUGCUGAACCUGGAGACUACCCUAGCAAAAUGGGCUUCAUUACCGACUGUUGCUCCUAGUGAGGCUCCUCGUAUGGCCUGGUUCAAACUGACACAAUUCCGCGACUUUGUCGGCGAACCUGUACCGACGAAGAAAUACAAAAACCUGAUCAAAAUCUUACAACGACUAAAUAGAAUCGAUCCGAAGAUCAUGCCGAUUGAAGUGCGCGAUACUCUGAAAACUUUUCUUCGUCCUGGAAAUCCGUAUGGGAACAAGCCGGCGCCAGCGGCGGUGGAUGAGAUGGGCCGGGCCCGUGGUCGAGGGAAGCGAAAGACAUCCUCGGCAGUGGUCCAUCUGGUUGAAGGAGAGGGAGACGUAAUGGUCAACGGAAAGACCUUGGUGGAAGCGUUCCCUCGCCUACAUGAUCGAGAGAGUGCUACAUGGCCUCUGAGAUGCACAUCAAGGCUGGACAAGUACAACGUGUGGGCUACCGUUCGCGGAGGAGGAGUUACUGGACAAGCCGAGGCCAUUACGUUGGCCGUGGCACGGGCAUUGUUGGUCCAUGAGCCUGGACUGAAGCCUGUUCUGCGUAAAGCCGGUGUUAUCACGGUGGAUGCGCGUCGUGUGGAGAGGAAGAAGCCUGGUCAUGUCAAGGCCCGCAAGAUGCCCACCUGGGUCAAGAGGUGA